AUGGGUAAAAAUGAAAGGGGGAGUAGGGGUACUAGUAAUAAUAAAAAUAAUAAUAAUAAUAAUAAUAAGGGGGGUAAUAAUAAUAAUAAUAAUGGAAAUUUUAAAAAUGGAUAUUCCAUUUUCAAAUGUAAUGGAAAAAGCGAAAGAUAA